AAAGCUCAGACAGCGUAACAUUCCUGUUGUUGGAGUUGUGAGGAAAGAGACUAUGAAAUAGUCAUGUCGGGUGACAAAGAUUCACAGUUUGUCAUUGACGUUAUUGAGCUGGAGGACUUUUUGAGGAACCCUCCUGAUGAUUUCACGGUGGAGGUCCGCGGGACGGGAUACAGAUUUGUUAAAUACGACUCCCACAGUUGUUGCGUGUUCAUAGACGAAAUCAAAAGUGCAAAAGGGAAAGUUAUCUUCCAGGAUUCACCAGGACGGGAAAUCAAAAUCCAUACCCUGAGAGAUUACAUGCACGUACGACGAAGCCUAACGUCGCAACGCAUUUGUGUCCUGGUCUCAGCUUACGAAGACAAUUCUGCAUGGUCAAAGAAGGCAGAGAAAGCAGCAAAAGUGCUUCAGCAGUACAUCGUGGUCAUCAACGGGAGUAACCCUGUUAUCAAGUGGGAGAUAGAGAGAGGACUGGACCAGACUAUAUCCUCUGUGGCUGGGGAGAGCUACACAGUGGAUAUCGACCUGAGUGAGGUGCUGCAGAACUGGAUGGGAGACAACUUUCACAUACUUGUGGACGGGCGGAAAGUGAAGCCAUUUUGGAAGGACACUUCCUUCGUCCUGAACUAUCACUCCGAUUCGCUGUUUGAUUUCCCAUACUGGCUCGGCUUCAGCAAACGCCAGUUCAAGAUUUGUGGAAGAUGA